UCAAGCAAUAGUUAUCUUCCCCAUAACUUCCAUUUUGCCUUUCCUCUGGAAUUCUUCUCAAGCCUCGAUUGUCUGCUCUUCAUGAAUCCGAGAAGCACUGCUACAUCUACUGUUUCCUUUAAAGCAGGGAACAAGGACAAGUUCCGUUUCUGGAUUUUACAUUACCUUUCCCCGGUAUCUUUCGGAACGUCUGUUGGAAUUGAGAACUUCCUUCUGUUCAAGGCUAUUGCAUGUUCUUCUUCUUCACUAGUCCUGAUCUAAAAGUCUUUGUGGGAAAUUAUUUUAUCAUUGCUUGGAGUUAGAAGUCGAUCUGCUUCCUGUGUUUCAUCUUUAGCAUCAUGGUUACCUCUCAAUUUCCGAACUUGACUGGUGACAAUUUGUUGAAGCCUUUCCCAAGUCAUGUUCCCCUCUCAGUGGAAGUCGCUGAUGCCUUCUCGUUGGAUCAUGUUGAUUUGGACUUUUCUGACCUUUUUGGUCCAGCACCAACUCGUGCAACUUUACCUUUGAUAUCUGAAGAUUCUGCGAAUUUUAUUAUCCAAUCUGAAGUUAAAGAAUUAAAUUAUGAUGAACCAGCUGUAAUUCAUAGUUGUUCCCAUUCCUAUGUGGGUCCCACAUCUUGUUUAAGUAAUAUAUCGAAGCUCAACAAGCUCACAUUGCAUGAGAGAGGAUAUCUAUUUGAAUUUGUGGACGAAGUAGAUGGAGAGGCUCAAGAGAAAAUUCCUGAAGCUGUUAUUGAGACAAUUGUUCCGAAGAAGUUUACUCUUGAAGCUGAUGGCAAUUCAGAGAAGACAGUACGGCUUGAGGACUUUGAAUUUUUGAAAGUUGUUGGGCAAGGUGCAUUCGGAAAAGUGUACCAGGUGAGGAAGAUUGGUUCGUCAGAAAUAUUCGCAAUGAAGGUUAUGCGCAAAGAUAAAAUUAUAAAGAAAAACCAUGCUGAGUACAUGAAAACUGAGAGGGAUAUAUUGACAAAAAUAGAUCAUCCCUUCAUCGUGAAGCUAAGAUAUUCCUUUCAGACUAAAUACAGGUUAUACCUUGUGCUUGACUUCAUCAAUGGGGGUCACCUUUUCUUUCAACUCUACCGUCAAGGCCUAUUCAGAGAGGAUUUGGCACGUAUAUAUGCUGCCGAGAUUGUUUCUGCUGUUUCUCACCUCCAUGCAAAAGGCAUAAUGCACAGGGAUCUGAAACCUGAAAAUAUUAUUCUUGACGCAGAGGGGCAUGCUAUGCUAACUGAUUUUGGGCUUGCAAAACAAUUUGAUGAGAACACAAGAUCUAAUUCCUUGUGCGGAACAGUUGAGUAUAUGGCACCCGAAAUCAUUCGCUGUGGAGGUCAUGAUAAGGCCGCAGACUGGUGGAGUGUGGGAAUUCUUCUGUAUGAAAUGUUGACAGGGAAGCCGCCAUUCGUCGGUGGGAAUCGUCACAAAAUUCAGCAGAAGAUACUCAACGACAAAAUCAAAUUGCCAGCAUUUUUGUCAAGUGAGGCUCAUUCUCUACUGAAAGGGUUGCUUCAGAAGGAGGCGAACAUGCGCCUUGGGAAUGGACUAAGAGGCAGUGAUGAGAUAAAAGGCCACAAGUGGUUCAAGUCAAUCAGCUGGAAGAAAUUGGAGGCUCGGGAAAUUCAACCAAGCUUCCUUCCACUAGUAGCAGGAAAACACUGCAUCGCCAAUUUUGAUGAGCGUUGGACCAACAUGCCACUUCUAGAUUCUCCGGCUGCUAGUCCAAAAUGUGGAGAAAACCCCUUUAGGGGGUUUAGUUAUGUGAAGCUGCAGCCUAGUACUACAGAUCUUUGAAAUGAUUUUUAGAGCUUGUUUUUAGCAACAUUUGAGGUCGUGGAAAUGAAGAUCACACCGCCAUGGUUUCGCCAGAAGCGACUCUCAUCAUAGAAACACCCCCAUGUUGAUGUAGUUAUUUUGUUGUUAUACGUUAGAAGGUUUUUGAAUAGUGACAUUAAUUUUGAGGUAUUAAACACCUUGUAAUUUAAGACAAAUUGAAAGCGGAGACUACCGUUUUAGCUUUAUGUAUAAAUAAAAUAGUAUUCUUGAAUA